AUGGCAGAAGAGGUUUCGGGAAUUUCGCAGAGAACUUCCGUUAGGGCAGAGGAGGCGAGGGCAGGGGCGGUGGAGACGAGUCCAAGGGCGGCGGAUCAGGACCGGAAGCACCCUCGGGGAAUGAGGAGGGUGAGAUCGGCGGGUAUGGGUCACGCAGCAGAAGUUGAAGUGGCAGGAGGAGGAGGGGUGGGGUUUGGAGGAGGGGAACGAGAGCGCGCUUUCACAUUGCUGCAGCCGCCGCCGCUGCUGGUUGGUGCGUCUGUGGGAAUGUUCGGGGAAGGAUCAGCGGAGGUGAAGGAGCAAUGGGGCGAAAGGGACAGGCAGGGAGCGGGGAAAAGGGUUGGGGCGGAGGAGGGUCUGUUGGCGAGGAAUGUGGCUGGUUUUGUCUGUCAGGAGAUUUCUGAGGCGCCUCAAAGGGCUGAAGCCGAGGUAUGGGUUGGAGCAGAGGAAGCGGAUGGAGCAGAGGAAAUAGCUGAAGGGGAGAAAGCGGAUGGAGCAGAGAAAAGAGUUGAAGGGAAGGAAGCGGAUGGAGCAGAUGGAAGGGCUAAAGGGGAGGAGGCGAUUGGAGCAGAGGAAAAGGAUGGUGAUCAGUGUCUAGAAGACAUGUCAUCAUCGCACCCUUCCUCCUCUUCCUUCACACUCCCCCUCACGCACUCCCCUCCCUUAGCCGCCAGCACCACCACCACCGCCGCAGCAUCCGUCCUCCCUGUCCCAUCCCCGUCCCUUUCUCCCACCCCAUCUGCACAUCUUUCCCUUUUCCCGUUCCCCUUCCCCUUUCCCUUCCCCUUCCAUCUCCCUCCAUUCUCUGCUGACUCCACCCCUUCCUCCAAUCAUCCCUCUCGCUUUACCACUCCAGGCCCCCACCCGCUCCCACACUCCUUCCUCAACACCCCUGCUUCCACCGCCCACUCUCUACACCGCCCGUUCUCCCUGUACCGCCCAAUAUCGCCCUCAAACCGCUCUCUAUCCUCCAAAACCCUUUACAGUCCGUCCUCGUCGACCCUUUCUCCCGCUCUGCCUGCACGGCAAAGAGCAGCACCAUCUUCAGCAGCAGGUUCCGAAGCCGUCACAGCAGCUGUAGGAAGAUCCGGUUGUAGCAGCGCUCUUCCCAGUGCUGCUACAGCCGGGUACAGGUCGGCAGGGUCCGGCAUGGCAGUGGGCAGCAGCAGGAUGAGCAGCUUUAGCGAGUUCAGCCUCCCUCCAAACGCACUGGACGAAGGGAGGAACCACGCGGCAUGGCAUGGGGCGCUGAGACUCAGAGGCGGCAGCAGGUACGGCACUGCCAGAUGUGCCACUGCUGAGUGUGACACUGCCAGACGUGCCACUUUGCAGAACAGAAAAUUGAGCAAGAGUUUGUCGCUAGAGGAGAGGGCUCUGGGACUGGGAGGGCUUGCAGAAGGAGUCAGCUACGGGUGGGGCGUGGGGCUUCUGAGGCUUGACGACGCCCUGAAGAACGGAGGAAGCGAGCAUUUGAGUGACCACGGUGGGGCCAGCUCGAGUGGUGAGGCGUCUCAAGCCUCUAGUUACGGCUGGGGCGUGGGGCUGUUGAGACAGAGAGACGGUCUGAAGCAAGGAGGAAGAGGGGAAGCGAGGACGGAAGGUCCGGGGAGGAGUGUGGUUGAGUAUGACGGUGUUACGACACAGGGGAGUGUUUUGAAGCAGGGGGGUGUGGAGGAGCGGAGGAUGGAAGUUAAGGCCUUAACUGAGGCUCAGAGUCCUUCCUUUGAAGCGCUGCCGCAGCUGCCCUUGGCCAUGGCGCGGGAGGGAUGUGAGGCUAGGUCUGGUGUGGACUGCGGUGCUGCUCGGUAUGGAACAUCUCAGCAGCUGCUGCCCCUGUCCAUGGCGCGGGGAGGACGUGAGGUUGGGCCUCAGGAGAUCUCUCAAAGGCAGGGUGAAGCGUUUGAGGGGCCUCAGCAGCUGCUGCCCCUGUCUCUUGCGCGUGGGGGAUGCCAAGUUGGGCCUUCACAGGCGUUGGAGGGGAAAGACGAGUUGGGGGAAGAGAGGGAAGAGGAAGAGAUGGAGGGAGAAACGAGGGAGGGGGAAGAGAGGGAAGGGACAGGGGACGGGAAUGGUGGGGAAGGAGGAGAGGGAGGCGAGGGCAGAAGGGGAAAAGGGGGAGAGAGCAAUGGAACAGGCAGAGGGGGAGCAGGGGGAGAAGGGGGAGUAGGUGGGGCAGGCGGAGUGGGCAAUGAUGGGGAGGAGGGUGAUGGAGGGGAGGGCGAUGACGAGGGGAAUGGUGGAGAGGGAAGUGGGAAUGGGGAUGGAGGGGAGGAAGGGGAGGAUGGGGAGGAGGAGGAUGGUAGUUGUGAGAGAGAGGAGGGAGUUGACGAAGAGGAGAAGGAGGAAGAAGGGGUGGAGGAGAAUGAGGAGGGUGAGAUAAGGGCAGAUGAAGAGGUUUCGCAGGAAAAAGGAGAGAAGUCGCUGUUCUGUAGGCAGCAUGAGGGAGUGGCUGCGUCAGGGACAGUAGCAGAGGUGAGAACAGGAGAAGUGUCAGAUGUUGAGAGAGUAGAUGCGGUAGAGACAGCUGAUAACAGGUUUGCUGAUGCAGACCAAUGUUUGGUGACAACAGGACUUGAAAGCGCGGGUAUACUCCAAUGCGAGGCAGACGAAGCGGCUGAGGUGGAAUCAGAGGCAGCUGUCGCAGCUGGGAGCAAACAAGCCACAGAACAGACUGCAGAGACAGCUGAUGCAGUCGCCUGUUCCUUGGCUACAGCUUUUGAAAGAGCGGAUACGAUUCAAUGCGAGGCAUAUGAUGCAGCAGAGACACAAUUAAAGGAAGCAGUUGCAGCAGGAGAGACAGCAGUAAGGGCAGCAAGAGCAGGAGUAGCAGAAGCAGCAGAAGAAGCAUCAGCAGAAGCAGCAGAAGCAGCUGAAGCAGGAGUAGGAGCGGAAGAGGAAGCAGCAGAAGCAGAAGAGGAAGCAGCAGGAGCAGAAGAGGAAGCAGCAGGAGCAGAAGAGGAAGCAGCAGGAGCAGAAGAGGAAGCAGCAGGAGCAGAAGUGAAAUCAGCAGGAGCAGAAGCAGGAGCAAAAGGAGCAGUAGAAGCAGGAGAAGAGGAAAUUGAAGGAACAGGAACGAGCUGCUCUGUAGCAGCAGGAGUAGAAGUGAGAGAAGGAGCUGAUGGGAACUCAACCGCAGGAGCAGGAGGAGGAAAAGAAGCAGCAGCACCAGCAGCGUUAGUGGCAGUAGCAGCUGAUCAGCUCACUGCAGAUUAUGCAGCGGCAGAGGUUGCUAAGAAUCCCAACAACUCUGAACGAGGGUCCUUUGAGCCGACUCAGGAGGGGCUUGCGAGUCCUGCUGACUCUGAAGCAGCAGCGGUAGUGGCAAUGGCAGAUUAUGCAAUGGCCGAGGUUGGUUCUACGGAGAGCCCCAAUAAUUCUGAACAGGGGUCCUUUGAGUCGACUCAAAAGGGGUUUGCAAGCCCUGCUGACUUUGCUUCUGCUCAGGACUUGCUCGAUUCAGCUGGGGAGGGGUUUGCAAGCCCUGCUGACUCGGCUCAUGUUUCGGCUGAGUCGACUCAGGAGGGGCUCCCAAGCCCUGCUGACUUUGCUUCUGCUCAGGACUUGCUCGAUUCAGCUCGGGAGGGGUUUGAAACCUCUGCUGACUCGGCUCAAGGUUCCGUUGAGUUGACUCAGGAGGGGCUUCCAAGCCCUGGAGACUCUGCUGCUGCUCGAAAUUUGUUCGAUUCAGUUGGGGAGGGGUUUGCGAGCCCUGCUGACUGUGCUGUUGCUCGGGUGGGGUUUGACAGCCCAGCUGACUGUGCUGCCGCUCAGGAUUUGUUCGAUUCAGCUGGGGAGGGGUUUGCGAGCCCUGCUGACUCUGCUUCUGCUGAGGAUUUGUUUGACUCGGCUCGAGAGGGGUUUGAAAGCCCGUUUAGCACCGAACAAGUGUUCUUUGAGGCGACUGGGAAGGGUUGCGAGUGUUCGGAGAAUGAUAAUAACGAGAAAGAGGUGUUGUUUGAUACCUUGGCCGCCUUCAGUCCAGAGGCUUUUACUUUUGAGGGUGCUGGUGAUGAUGCUGAGAGCAGUAGAAAGGGGGGAGCAGCUGCAGGUGUCGAAACAGAGAGUGAAGCAUCAGAGGGAGGUGAGAUUGCUGUAAGAAGGAUUGAGACGUCUCAGGAUUGUGUAUAUACCAACAGCAGCAAGGGAAAUCAGGAACACUUGGGUUUGGAUGUUACAUGGAUGAAGGAGCAAGGGGACGACGAGAAGGAGAGGGAAACGACGGAGAGGAGAGAGGAGGAGAAGGAAAGGAUGUGCAUCGACGUGGAAGAGGAGGAUGCAGGGAGUGCAGUGGGUGCAGUGGGGUUGACUGCGGUGGAUACAACAGUUGGAGAGGAUAUGACAGGCGCUAGGGAUAUGAUGGAGAGGGUAGGCCUUGUGGGCAUGCUGCUGAGACGGGUACGAAACCGGUUGGGUAAGCAAGACGUGCAGGAGGGAUUGGGGGAGGAAGUGGACGAGGGUUUGAGGGAGGGAGUGAAGGAGGAAGGUGGGGAGGAAGUGGGGCAAGACGUCGAUGAGAGAUUGGGAGAGAAGGUGGGGAUGGAAGUGCGGGGAGGGGAGGAUGAGAGUGGGGAAGUGGGGAGAGGGGGAGAAAUGAGGGAGGAAGUGGGGGGAGGGGAAGAAGAGAGGGAGGAGAAGGGCAGAGGGAAAGAAGAAAGGGAGGAAUUUGAAAGAGAGGACGUAGAGAGGCAGGAAGUGGGGAGGGGGGAAGAGGAAAGGGAGGAGGAAGGGAGAGAGGAAGUGAGGAGAGAGCAGAGAGAGGAGGAGCAUGAAGUGGAGGAGUCAAAGAGAGGAGGGAAGCAGGCGUGGGAGGAGGAGGAGGAGAGGGUGGAGAGGUUGGAGCAGCUGCUGCUGCGCAUCAAGGCAAGGCUGGCUCUUUCAGACGCCAUUUCCAUCUCUCCUGACUUGACCUCCGCCGUCCAAUCCCCCUCCUCUGAUCUCCACUCUCCCUCGUUACAGUCAGAUUCCCCCUCGUUAGAGUCACAUGCCUCGCUGCCAGCAGAUGUAUCCCUCACUGCAGCCACAUCGCAGGCCCUUUCAAUCGCCGUCUCCAUCUCUCCCGAUUCAUCCUCUGACCCUCACUCCCCAUCCUCCGCCCUCCAGUCCCCCUCUUUAGUAUCACACGCCUCGCUAGUAUCACACCCCUCCCUGCCAAGAGAUGUUUCCCUCACAGCAGCCAUAUCCCAAGCCCGUUCAAACGCCAUUUCCAUCCCUCCUGACUUCGGGGCCGAUCCUCACUCCCCUUCCUCCGCCCCUCACUCCCCUUCCUCCGCCCCUCACUCCCCUUCCUCCGCCCCUCAUUCCCCUUCCUCCGCCCCUCAUUCCCUUCCUCCGCCCCUCAUUCCCCUUCCUCCGCCCCUCAUUCCCCUUCCUCCGCCCCUCAUUCCCCUUCCUCCGCCCCUCAUUCCCCUUCCUCCGCCCCUCAUUCCCCUUCCUCCGCCCCUCAUUCCCCUUCCUCCGCCCCUCAUUCCCCUUCCUCCGCCCCUCAUUCCCCUUCCUCCGCCCCUCAUUCCCCUUCCUCCGCCCCUCAUUCCCCUUCCUCCGCCCCUCAUUCCCCUUCCUCCGCCCCUCAUUCCCCUUCCUCCGCCCCUCAUUCCCCUUCCUCCGCCCCUCAUUCCCCUUCCUCCGCCCCUCAUUCCCCUUCCUCCGCCCCUCAUUCCCCUUCCUCCGCCCCUCAUUCCCCUUCCUCCGCCCCUCAUUCCCCUUCCUCCGCCCCUCAUUCCCCUUCCUCCGCCCCUCAUUCCCCUUCCUCCGCCCCUCAUUCCCCUUCCUCCGCCCCUCAUUCCCCUUCCUCCGCCCCUCAUUCCCCUUCCUCCGCCCCUCAUUCCCCUUCCUCCGCCCCUCAUUCCCCUUCCUCCGCCCCUCACUCCCCUUCCUCCGCCCCUCACUCCCCUUCCUCCGCCCCUCACUCCCCUUCCUCCACCCCUCCCUCCUCCGCCCUUCCCUCCCCUUCCUCCGCCCCUCCCUCCCCUUCCUCCGCCCCUCCCUCCCCAUCCUCCGCCUCUGCACACUCCCCCACCUCCCCACCCCCUCAAUCCCUCUCCUUCCCUUCCACCCCUUUCUCCCCAUCCACCUGUGCUUCCUCCUCCUGCCUCUCUCUCCCCCUGUCCCGCCUCCGCUCCUUCUCCCCUCCCCGCACCCACUCUAUCCAAACCAACUCUGACCAGGCCAGUCCAGGUCCCAUCACGCACUCUCUCCUAUCCAUCUGCAGCGACUCAUAUCUCCUCCCACCCUUCCCCGCUGUCCUUCACCACGAUUAGCACAGCACCGCUCCUGUUCCCUGUUGUGAGUGGUGAGGAAGCAGCACCUGAAGCAGCAGCACCUGAUGCGGCAGAACCUGAAGCAGCAGAACCGGGAGAAGCACCUGAAGAAAUACCUGAAGGAGGAGUCGAAGUACCACCAGAAGCACCACCAGCACCUGAAGAAUCACCUGAAACUUCUCAGGAAGAUGCUGGUGUCUCGGCAAGUGAUCAGGAGGAGAGCGUGUUUUCAAUCUCCCUUCUGGGAACGACAGGGGAGGAGGAGAAGAUACUGGAAAGCCAAGAGGAGAGCAAAGAGGUUACUACCGUUGUUGCCAGUGAUCCUGUUCCCUCUGCUCCUGCUGCAUUGUGCUCUGCCACUGGACUUACCAGUGCUCAGCCUGACAUCCUUCCUGAAGUACCGCCUAAGCCUGAUCAUGCUCCAAUAGUCACUAUCCUUUCUACUCCUGCCGACGACCAGAAGCAAGCAGUACCAGCAGAAUCAGUGGUGGCAGGAGCGACUGCAGCAGCGGCGGCAGUUCUGGCUGCAGUGGCAGCAGUCAAACCCUCAUCUCCCUCUCUCUCCCCCAGCAGCAGUCUCCCGCGCCAUAUCUGUGUAUCCUCCCCUCGUUUCCACCCAACACAGCCAACCUCUCUCUACUUCCCUGCUACUGCUGGUAGCAGUCUCGUUUCUGCUAAUGAUGCCGAUGCUGAUACUGGCAUUGUUGCUGCUCCUGCUGCUCCUGCUGCUGCUGAUGCUGCUGAUGCUGCUCCUGUUGCUGACGCGGCUGCUGAUAACGCUGCUGCAGGCAAGGCCAUCAGAAGCACUUUCAACCUUUAUCCAUAUGCCAAGCCUGCCAGCCUCGUCAGCAAGGUGUUCAUAUUCAGGUCCCCAAGCGGGGAAACCGCUACCAAGACGCUCCAUUCGGGCUCGCGUCAGCAGCACAAGCCGCCUCUUUCUGACUCGCCUCAGCAGCAGCACUCUGCACAUGGCGGCAAUACUACUGCCACCAGCAGCAGCGGUACACCCAUGACACCCACGCAAUCUUCCAUGGCACCUACAAGCUCAUCUGCGAAGGCUUCUGUGACGCCCAAGCGAUCCAAGAGCUUGUCAACAGUAGCUGCUGCCACUGCUUCCUCCUGGCUCCGAUCUCUUAAGUCCACCCUCUCCCCAUCCUCUUCCUCCUCCUCCACAUCGGCUAAAGCAGCACGCACCAGACAGUCACGUUCCACAGAGCCACACUGGAUACAAUCACCUGCUCUGGCGUCUGUUGAUGCACCCUCUACCUCGGCCUCCUCACUCGCCUCCCUCAUCUCCCCUCAUCAUGCCCCCUACCCUCCCCAUGCCCCCUACCCUCCCCAUGCCCCCCCUUCCCAUGCCUCCCAUCCUCCUCCUCCUCAACCGUUCCCUGCAUCCGCCCCUGUAGGUCCUGCCUCCGAACCCACAACUUUCUGGAACCUUCCCCCGGUAGACCUCCCUCCACCCGCUAUCGCUCUGGACCCCAUUCCACCCCUUUCUACUCCUUCUGUUCCUCCUUCAACUGCUCCUGCUGCUCCUUCUUCUCCUACUCGUGGCUUGCCCAACUCCCAGCUCUCCACUUCUCCCUCCUCCCUCAUGUCUCCCCUCUCCGCUCUCCCCAACUCUCCUACUUCCUCGCCCCCAGCCCCUCCUGUCAGCACCACCCCUUCCACCCCACCUGUUCGCCCAGCAUCCCCUGCUCUCAAAUCCACCCGCUUUGGAUUCACCCGGAAUUCGCCCCUUCAGAAUUUUCAGAAUUCGCCCAGACAGUCCUCUCCUCCUGCUGCUAGGAUUCGGCCUCCCUCACCGCGCCGUCUCUUGUCCUCCCUUCACAAGAUGCUCAGCCCAGGUGUCGGAUCAGGUGGAAUUUCAGGUGAAUCUCGCGAAGUGCCUGCACUGGCUGUAGCAGGGAGUGCUUCUUCAGGUGUUGUGUCAAGUGAUCCUGUGGCUGUUGCAGCAGAGCCAAUCCGAUCUCCAGUUGUAGCGGGAGCUACAGCUGCUCCGAUGGUGGCUGUAGCAGCGCCGUCUCCCACUCCGGCUGUAGCAGCUGCAGCAGGAGUUCCAUCUGCACCGGCUGUAGCAGCAGGUACCAGUGCAGCAACUGUAGCAGAAGAUGUAGCAGGACAGUUUCUCCCAGCAGCUGUUAUCCCUUGCGGGGAUGUAGCAGCAGAUUUUGCUGCAGGAGUUGAGCCCAACGGGCUGGCUGUGGCAGUUGAAAUACUUCCUGCUGCUGUAGCCCCUUCCGAGGAUGUAGCAGCAGAUUUCGCUGCAAAACUUGAGACUGAUGGGUUGGCUGGAGCAGAGGAAAUUUCCAAUGCAGCUGUAGCCCCUUGGGAGGAUGUAGCAGCAGAUUUCGCUGCAGAUCUUGAGACUGACGGGCCAGCUGUAGCAGUAUCAGCAGAGAUGGAAGAAGGGACAACCGUUGAGGAGGAGGGAGGUGAAGGGGAGAGCAGUGAAGAGGGGGUAAAGGGGGAAAGAGAGGGGGAAGAAAAGGAGAGGAAGGAUGGGCAGGAGGAGGAGGAGGGAGAAGGGGAGAAGGGAGGGGAGGAGGUUGUGGAAGUGAAGGAGGAGGAUGAGGAGGAUGAGAAGAAGCGUGAGAGAAACGAUGCGGAAGAGGAGGGUGCAGAGAGAAAAACAGGGUGUGAGUGGGUAGGGCUGCAGGAAAGCACAGCACCAGCUGAAGGAGAGGAAGAGAGAGAAGAAUCAGGUGGUGAGGAGGAGAAUGGUAAUGAUAAUGGUCACGCAGGAACAUUGGAACGUGAAGUAAAGGUCGCUGUACCGAGCCUUUCAGAGGGAAGCAUUGCAAUCACAGGACCAGCAGCAUCAGGCGUUUCAGAAGGGACAGUCACAUCACCUCUAUCCUCGUGCCUCUCCCCUCCUCCAUCCACCUCCCCCUCCUCCUCCAUAUUUUCCCUUUCUCUCACUCUCGCCCUUGCUUCUCCUGAACCACCUCCGUCCCUCGUCACCCCCACACCACCACCCCUCUCCCUCACCCGCUCCCCCAUCCCACCUCCUUCUCUCACACUCUCCCCUGCUCUAGCUGCCCACGUGCCCACUCAACACAGCCUACACAGCCCCACACCACCGCCCCCUUCCCUCGUCACCCCCACCACACCACCACCCCUCUCACUCACCCUCUGCCCCGCCCCGCCCACUUCCCUCCUCCCCUCCCCCGCUCUAGCUGCCCGUGUGGCCACCCAACACAGCCUGCACAGCCACACACCACCGCCCCCUUCCCUCGUCACCCCCACCACACCACCACCCCUCUCACUCACCCUCUCCCCCGCCCCGCCCACUUCCCUCCUCCCCUCCCCCGCUCUAGCUGCCCGUGUGGCCACCCAACACAGCCUGCACAGCCACACACCACCGCCCCCUUCCCUCGUCACCCCCACCACACCACCACCCCUCUCACUCACCCUCUCCCCCGCCCCGCCCACUUCCCUCCUCCCCUCCCCCGCUCUAGCUGCCCGUGUGGCCACCCAACACAGCCUGCACAGCCACACACCACCGCCCCCUUCCCUCGUCACCCCCACCACACCACCACCCCUCUCACUCACCCUCUCCCCCGCCCCGCCCACUUCCCUCCUCCCCUCCCCCGCUCUAGCUGCCCGUGUGGCCACCCAACACAGCCUGCACAGCCUCACACCACCGCCUCCCUCCCUCGCCACCCCCACCACACCACCACCCCCUUCUCUCCCCCUGUCCCCCGCCAUAGCUGCCCGGGUUGCCACACAACACAGCCUGCACAGCCCCUCCCCACCACUUAACUCCCUCGUCACCCCCAGAUCACAGCCCCCCUCCCUCCCCCUCUCCCCCGCCCUAGCUGCCCACGUGGCCACCCAACACAGCCUGCACAGUCCCACACCACUGCCUCCUUCCCUCGUCACCCCCACCACACCACCACCCCCCUCACUCACCCUCGCCCCCAGAUCACAACCCCCCUCCCUCCCCCUCUCCCCCGCUCUAGCCGCGCGGGUUGCCACUCAACACAGCCUGCACAGCCUGCAGAACCUUCGGAGCAGGCUGCAGCAGCAGCGAAUGGCGAUGCGCCAGCUGGCGGAGGAGACGAGCAGGCUGCGGGGGUGGCUGGGCAGUGCUGCUAGCGGGGGAAGUGUGCCGGUUGGAUCAGGUGGUUUGGGUGGGAAAGUUGGGUCAGGUGGAUUGGUUGGGACAGUUAAGUCGGGUGGAUUGGGUGAAUUGUCAGCAGGUGCUUCAGCUGGAGCUGUUAUUGGGGAUGCUGGGUCUACAAGACGCGUUGCUCAAGGUACUGCUUCUCCUGCUGCGUCUGCUAUACAAUCUUCUGAUUCUGCUGCUGCUUCUGCUGCAAGUGCUGGUGGUGCUGAUGGCGCUGCUGCUGCCUCUUCUGCUGUUGCUGCUGACAUGUCCUGGGCAGCUGACCUGUCAUCACCUCCUGAGUCGUUUUUAAGUGGUGCUGACUCACCAAUUGGUUCUUACUCACCAACUGAUGCUGACUCACCAACUGAUGCUGACUCACCAAUUGAUGCUGACUCACCAACUGAUGCUGACUCGCCAACUGAUGCUGACUCACCAAGUGGUGCUCAUGCUGCAGCGGGAAGGGUGGCUGAAACCAAUGAAGCCGAUGGAAAGACAGGGGCCGCUGAAGAAGUCGAGGGAGCUGAAAUCUGUGAGACAACUGAAGAGAAGGACGUACGUCCGGAGCAGCAGCAAACGCAGUGUAAGACAAGCGAGGAACCUAACGAGUCGACUUCUGGGUCGACUGGAAAAGCAUAUGAAGAGAUGGGACGUGAGGCACAAGACACCAAGGGUUUGGGAGGGGGGAGUGGAGCGGAGGGAGGAAGCGGAGGAGUGGAAGCUACUGGUGCAACGGAAGGAGGUGUGCAGUGCAGAGAAAUGGGUUUCUUAGGUGCUGCUUCUCCGAUAACUCCUGCUUCCGGCGCAGGAGUGAACACAGUAGCUCCUAUUUCUGAGGAAGUGGCCAGUACUGUUCAUGACGCGCCUCCGAAACUGGAACGAGCAGCUGUGCUCUUUCCUGCUCGUUCUGUGGCUGCUUUUAAAUCUUCUGCUGCUGUAGCAGGAACGAGCACAGCAGCUUCUGUUUCUGGUGAAGCAGCCAAUGCUGUUACUGAGGCGUCUCAGCAACAGGCUUCGUCUAAAGCAGCUGCUGCUACCGCCCCUCAGGUUUCAAGGCGUCGCCUCGCCUUUGCUCUGCUGAGCGAGCCACUUAGCAGAAAGCCGCGAGUCACAUGUGUGACGUGGACCACCCUCUCUGCGAUCCAGGAGGAGGAAGGAUUGGGCAUAGACUCGCAAGAAUCAAGUACCCCCUGCCAAAAGCCCCUUGGUAACCCCUACUGCUCCUCUCCUUCACCUUAA